AUGGGUCUCCUGUUGCGACACGAGGUGCAGUGUCUGCUGAUGGCUCUUCCACUGCCGCCACGGAAACCAGAGGAUGACCAACGGGAGUUUGCGAUGAAGUAUUUAGAGAGCUUCUAUGGAUUUAAGCCCAAUUCUGGGCGGCAGCGGCGGAUGACGGAAGUGGACGCGUUCCAGGACAAACUAAAAGAGAUGCAGCGGUUCUUCGGUCUUGAGGAGACUGGAGAGCUAACGCCCUGCACCCUGAAUGCCAUGAGGAAGCCCCGCUGUGGACUGUCAGACGUGGUGACGUUUGAGGACACUGUCAAGUGGAAAAACAAGCGUCUGACAUAUAGCAUUACAAACAGCCCAGCAGUGAGAUACUCACGGGUGAGAAGAGCUGUUAAGAAAGCAUGGAGGUUGUGGAGCAAUUUCACACCACUGCGAUUCCUACAGAGGCAAGGGGAAGAAGCUGACAUCAUAAUCUCCUUCAAAACCAGAGAUCAUGAGGACAUCUUUGCUUUUGAUGGCGUUGGGGGAAUCCUCGCGCAUGCUUUCCAGCCCGGAGAUGGCAUUGGAGGGGAUGUCCAUUUUGAUGAAGAGGAGCGAUGGACUAUGAAUUCUAGUGGAAUCAACUUAUUUGCUGUGGCCGCACAUGAGUUUGGCCACGCUCUGGGUCUCCCGCAUUCUUCUGACCCAGGGGCCGUCAUGUUCCCCGCCUACAGCUUUGUCACAAUAAAUGAGUUUGGACUCUCCCAUAACGAUGUACAAAGUAUUCAGAAAAUGUAUGGUGUCAAUCCAGAUGUCAGGGCCAUGUCACGGCUGCGUCUUCCUCCAAAGACGCCUGAGAAAUGCGAUCCGGGACUGUCGUUUGAUGCUGUCAUGACAAUGCAGCAGGAAAUGGUCUUCUUUAAAGACAGAUUUAUGUGGCGAACUCACCCAAACUUUGAUCGCAUAGGCAUCACGCUGAUAACUAGUCUUUGGUCUGCUGUUCCUUCAAAUAUCACCGCAGCAUACGAGACUUCAGAAAACACCAUUUUGUUUUUCAAAGGUUCACAGUACUGGGUUGUGCAGCAGCUGGACCUCUUGCCUGGAUUCCCAAAGGACAUUUCUGAGUUGGGGUUCCCCAGCAAAGUGAGAGCAAUCGAUGCUGCCCUUCACUUUCGAGGAGCACAGCAAACGGUUUUCUUCACUGGGAAUACAUGUUGGCGAUAUAAUGAGGAGCAGAAACAGAUGGAAGAGGGCUAUCCUAAACCUAUAUUCCAUGACUGGCCGGGGGUAAAAGCACCUGUGGAUGCAGCUGUGUUUAAUGCAGGUUUUGUCUUAUUCUUCUCUGGGAAUCUGCAGUAUACAUAUGACCCCAUCCAGAAAUACAUUGUUCAAACAACAUAUGCCAAUAAAUGGUUACAAUGUUAGAUAGUCCUGGGCCAGAAAUCAUUGCAUAUUUUUUUGCUUUUCCUCAACUAAACCGUUCACUAGCUCAGAUAAAAUGUACGAAUUUCAAGCAGCAUUCAGAUUAUCUGUCUGCUGUCUUAGUAUUAAAUGGUACCCAAAUAUUUUCAUGGAGUAUUUACAUAUUCAUUAAAUUAAGCUGUAGCAAUCAGUAAUAAUAUAGUAAGGUGAGUAUGGAUAAAUUCACGGUGUCGUACCCAAAACUCCCACCACCUUCACCAGGAUGCAGUGUAUUCUGGAGACCAGACCAUUUGUGUCAAACUGAUUUCCUUUACAUACCACAACAGGUAACACAUGAUGCAACUUCCAGGAUAUUUUCUGCUAGUAUGAAUGCAAUGUCUUUUUGCAAUUUCACUGGCGGCCAGCCAAGUAGCUGAAAUGACUGUUGAAACUGGAUGAGAAAAAUUAACGUGACUGUAUUUUGUCAUGUAUGACUAAUUACAAACCUGCCGGUUCGAACCAGCCAAAAUGUAUAUAUGCAACAAAGUAAUUUCUGUAAAUGUAUCUAUUAUAUAUUACAAAAUAUAUCAAUUUAAUAUUACUAUUUGGAAUUCUGUAUUUUUGUAAUACCUUUUGCUAUGUUACUUGUACUAUACACUUUAUUAAUAAAUGCAAUAUAUGUCAAUAUAAAUAAAGAAUGGGCUUUUCCAGCCGUGAAUGUCACAAAAUUACCCAUAAACAGUGGCACAAUAUUGGGGGUGUACAAUUAUUUGAAGUGCUGAAUGGGUCCAACAUUAGGUUCUGGAUGUGUGGUUACAGUAACUGUGCAGGCAUGGGGUCUCCUGUGGUGGUGGGGCCCAAUGGAAAUGUUUUCACGGGACCCCGAAUCCCUGGUUGCACCCCUGCUUAUGACAUUGUUUUUAUAUUAUGUGAAGCAAUAUCAAAAUAUUGAGGAAGGUCGUCUCAGGUCAUUUUUACACAAAAUGAAAUUAACACAAUUAUUGUUCAAACAAUGUAUGCCAAUGAAUGGUUACAAUGCUAAAUACUCCUAGGCCAAAUAACAUUGCAUAUUUUUUUUUGCUUUUCCUCAACUAAACCGUUCACUACCUCAGAUAAAAUCUAUGAGUUUCAAGCAGCAUUCAGAAUAUCUGUCCGCUGUCUUAGUAUUAAAUGGUACCCAAAUAUUUUCUUCAUGGAGUAUUUACAUAUUCAUUAAAUUAAGCUGUAGCAAUCAGUAAUAAUAUAGUAAGGUGAGAAUGGAUAAAUUCACGGUGUUGUACCCAAAACUCCCCCCACCUUCACCAGGAUGCAGUGUAUUCUGGAGACCAGAUCAUUCGUGUCAAACUGAUUUCCUUUACAUACCACAACAGGAAACACAUGAUGCAACUUCCAGGAUAUUUUCUGCUAGUAUGAAUGCAAUGUCUUUUUGCAAUUUCACUGGCGGCCAGCCAAGUAGCUGAAGUGGCUGUUGAAACUGGAUGACAGAAAUUAACGUGACUGUAUUUUGUCAUGUAUGACUAAUUACAAACCUGCCGGUUCGAACCAGCCAAAAUGUAUAUAUGCAACAAAGUAAUUUCUGUAAAUGUAUCUAUUAUAUAUUACAAAAUAUAU